CUCGACACAAUGGACAGCGCCACCGCGUCACCAGAGCCAGAGGCGCGUCGUCGAUCUGGACGCGUCGUCAAAGCUCCCACCAAAUACGCGCCAGAACCGACAGCGCCAGCGUCGAAGCGCAAGCGGAACGACGAUGAGGCGGACGAUGACGAAGACGCUGCGAACGGCGACGUGGCCUCGGAUGAGGACAUGAGCGACGCUGCGAGUGACGCCGAGAGCGAUGAGGACCAUCCUGCGCCGAAGCCUCGAAAGGCGCAAACUACCCGCGCAAAGAAGCCAAGCACCAAGAAGCCCAAGAUCAACGGCUCCCGGCCCGCCAUAUCGGGGACUGUUGCGCGCAUCCCUAGUCGACCGAAGAAGACGGUUCGCAUAGAUCCAGGAGAGAAAGGAACCGGUCUGUUUGCCGAUAUCUUUGCGUCCGGCGAUUCUCCCCAGUUUGUUGCUCAGCAAUGGCUCGAAAAAUACAGGGAGAGCGACGCAGCUGCACUGGGCGAGCUCAUCAACUGCAUUCUGCGGUGCGCGGGCUGUGACCUGGAAGUAACAGUGGAUGACAUUCGUGACCCGGAGAAUAUCCCGAACCGCCUGCUGGAUCUGCAGAGUGUUUACCAAGAGCAACAAAUCGUCGAUUAUCCCUUGGUUGCCAAGGCCAAGGCCACACGAUCCUUCCGAGAUCUGCUCAUUACAUUCUUCCAGGCUCUGAUUUGUCUUCUACACGAGACUGAUGUCAUGUACAAGGAUGUAGACCUUGUUGACAAUCUCCAUGCUUGGUUGGCCAGCAUGUCUUCCUCGCCGCUGCGUCCUUUCCGCCACACAGCAACGACCAUUGCUUUGGCUGUGCAAUCUGGACUUGUCGAGGUCGCUAGUAUCCUCGACAAACGUAUUGCCAACAUUGAACAACAGUCGCAGGCUUCGAAGCGAGGCAAAAAUAAGAGCAAGGCGGACGAAAUCCAACGUAGCUUGUCCGAAGCCAACAACUAUAGGAAGAUAUGUAACGAUGCUAUUCAGUCAUUCUUCGACACCGUCUUCGUCCACCGAUAUCGCGAUGUUGACCCAAAGAUCCGGGUGGAAUGCGUUGAUGCUCUCGGAGGCUGGAUUUGGAACCUGCCGACAGUCUUUCUAGAAGCCGGUUACCUACGUUACCUUGGCUGGAUGCUGUCUGACACCAACGCCGGAACAAGACAAGAAGUACUGAAGCAUCUUAGCAAACUGUUUAAGCGUGAUGCGCACGGGAUGGGGCACUUCAUCGACAGAUUUCGUCCCCGACUGAUUGAGAUGGCAACGAUCGACGCUGAUGUGUCUGUCAGAGUUACUGCUAUAUCUGCCAUUGACGCGCUGCGAGCGGCUGCCAUCCUCGAGCCCAACGAAAUUGACGCCAUCGGAAGACUCAUCUUUGAUAGCGAAAUCAGGGUCCGCAAAGCCGUUGUCGGUUUCUUCGUUGCCUGUAUUGACGACGUAAUUGAAGGCAAGAUUGAAGAGAUUGGUGGCUCCGAUGCCCUGGAAGAGCUAGAUCUCGCUGAAGAAGACAAUUUCGAAGCCCCAAGAAGAGAUUGGCUGAAUUUGAAAUGCCUGGCCGAAACCCUCACAAUCUAUGAUGCGCAGGUUGAAGAAUCUCAGCAGACUGAGGGAUCAUCGUUGGAUUUAGACGUUGACCUACUGGAGAGCGCCAUGCCCGACACGAGGAUUUCGCUGGCAUCUCAAGUGCUCUACGACAGAAUCUCAGAAAUCAAGUCCUGGGAGAUUCUGGCUGGCUAUCUCCUGUAUGACCACACAACAAGUACCAAGUCUAAAUCAAGAUCAAAGUCAAAAAGUAACCCGUCAGAGGAUGCUUUCAAGAAGGCGGUUGCACCCAGUUCCCAGGAAGAAAAGAUUCUCCUCGACGUUCUGAGCUCCGCUAUCAAGUCGAGUUUGCUGCAACACGCCGAUCAUGACAAGAGCAAGAAGCGUGGCCCCCGUACUGAAGCAGCUGAGGCUCAGGAAGAACUGGCAUUAGAAUUGGCCACCAAUAUCCCCAAAUUACUGAGCAAAUACGGUGCAGAACCUGAGACGGCGGCGAUUGUCCUCCGGCUGGAGCGAUACCUCAAACUAGAUGCUUUCCAACAAUUGCGACAAGAUUCUAGUAUAUACGAAAAGCUACUGGACGAAGUUAUUACACAGUUCAACAGACAUGACGAUAAGAGAGUCUUGGCUGAGGCUACAGCAGCUUUGUUGCAUUCUCGGCAAUAUGCAGAGCUUGAGGAAAUGACGGACGCCAAGCUAUCCGUUCUCUGGGAGGUGGUCAUCAAUUCACUCCGGAGCUUUGACACAACAUGCGAGCUCUCUGCAAGAGGGAACUUGGAAGAGGCACCACUUCAGGAGCUGUCAACUAUCUUGAUGAAAAUCAGCAAGCUGGCUAGUAUAUCAGAUUGCGUCGACAUACUCGAGAUUGCUCCUUCAAAGGGUGACUCCACAUCUCCGGCAAUUCAGAUCCUGAUCAAUAUUGUUCACAGAGGAGAAUAUGAGGCUCAAGAAGACGACAUUGACAAUUUGGAAGACGAGGUAGUCACGUUGGCAAUCAAGGCCUGCCAAUUCUAUUUCAUGUGGAAGACACGAAACCUGGCCCAGCAGCUAUCUUCUGGCGCCGGCAUCGCAGACGAAGAGCUCGAUAGCCUGUCGGUUCUGCGACAGACUUACCGGAAGCACCUGAUAGUUACAUUCUCGUCUCGAGCUUCCAUUGACCAGCUCCGCCUUUUUGCUACCGGCAGUCUUUGUGACCUGCAUCUGACCUUUGCAACGCUGCGCCCGGCGAUUAGCAACUUCCGCCCUUCGAGUUCCGCCUCUCAAUCGGGCGGCAGUGAAAGAUUCAAAGUAUUGCUUCAACAGAUGGAGUCUAGUCUCAUCCCUGAGCUAACAUCAAUAUUUGACGGCACUGAGAAGCAAUAUGCAAAGAAGGCUAAGAAGGACACAGUACUAAACGAACCGGCUGAGGACGAAGAUCCUGUUGAUGACGAAGAGUCGGAGGAUGAGGAGGACGAGGAUGAAGGCCUGUCGAAAGAAGAACGGCUCGCCGCAGAGCUCAAGGCUGAAAAGGCUCUGUGCGAAUUGACUGCCAAAUACGUUCUUGCCAUUACAGCAAACCUGAUCGAUCCCAAGGGCAACCAUGUCAACAAGCUCAAGCGACGACUACAGCGUAAUGAGACCAAGCUUGGUCACAACUUCAAAGAGGUUGUCGCCUAUCUUGACGAAGAGAAGAUGGCCAAGCGCAACAAGAAACCCGCCAAGGCGGCUCCGGCAGAAAAGUCGCAGAAGCCUGCCAUGAGCGCCGAAAUUGUCCAUGAUGAGGACGAGGAGGAUAAUGUUUUCGAGGAUGUCGAGCCGGAAGAGGGCUCAAGAGAGGAUCUUCGGCGGAGAGGACUGCUGGAUGAUCCUAUCGAGGAUGAUGAAGAUGAGGAAGAGCACGAAGAUGCUGAGAGGCUACAUAACGACGAUGAUGAUGGUGUUCUUGGAGACUGA